CGGUACCGGCGUUCGUUGAUAGAAAGGAGGGGGUAACGUGUACUCCACGCACUACGUGGCGAUCGUUGUGGCGUCUUCUCAAAACAAUUCGCGAUUUCGCUCUCGUUCGUAUUUUAUCUCGCGUUUAUUCGGUCGCUUGUUCUUGUGUUGCGCUUUUUUUACUCCUGUUUCCCCCUGUUCUUUUUUUUUUUUUUCGUUAAAUAAUUUUUAGUUCGGUUUUGAUGAAAAUACCCAUAGAUAUACGCGUGUUGUUGUGGUGAUCGGUGUGUCUAUUAUACUGAUGUUGUGUUAGUGAAGUGGAAUAAUUUUGAUCUUCGAAGUUUGUUGUCGGUGCGUGUAUGGUUUUGGUGUGUUUUUUUUGACAUAUCGGAAUCAAUAUUGGAGUGGUUAUUCACGCUCAUCAUUUUUGCCACCGAGUGAAAAAUUUUUUUGGAUGUUGUGUCGCGCUGUUGCGCCAACCUCUAGCUCGAUUCAGUUCGCUGAUCUAACAUCGUCGGCUAAAAUAAUAGACGGCCUCAAACCAAUUCUCGUGUAAACAACGCGAGAGCCGCCAUCAGCCGAGUUAUUAGGAAAAAAAUACCGAAAAAAAACGCACACAUAGCUUAACUAUAGGACGCGACAAAUUACCGCGUGUACUACACGACGAUAUAGAAAUAAUUUUGCACACGAUAGAUACUAGCCGGUACAAUGACGCCACCGAAUGAUGUAGAUUAUAGAGAAGGUCGUCAGAAUCACGCAGGUGGUGAUCAUUCAACCGCGGAAUACAACGGAUAUGCAUACAACAACGCCGGCAGCGGUUGUAAUAACACCAGCGCCAAAGUGGUAAUAUCCAAUCUGCCCGGAAAUGCACGAAUCGAAGAUUUGGAACAAUUAUUAGCGCCGUACGGACAACCUCAAAAUUAUGAAAAACUCGGCACCAAAGAAGGACCAACGCAAGCUGUGCAGAUUUCUUUCGAUACGCCGGAACAGGCGCAACAAGUGAUAACCGAAUUAAACAAUACGGAAUUCGAAGGUAACAAGUUACGCGUCGAGACGCCCAUGGAACGUAGAAAUAAUCGCGGUCCCGGUGGCCCGAGAAAUACCCGAAAUGCGGCCGGAUUUGGGCCACCAUCCAGAACGACCGAUUUCCCCUUACGUAUUCUGGUACCUAGUGAAAUGGUUGGUGCUAUUAUUGGUAGACAGGGUUCUACAAUUAGACAGAUUACGCAACAAAGCAGAGCCAGUGUUUUAUGCAACAGGGUAGACGUACAUAGAAAGGAGAAUAUCGGCUCGGUCGAGAAAUCUAUUACCAUUUAUGGAAACCCCGAAAACUGUACGCAAGCGUGUAAGAAAAUUCUAGAAGUUAUGCAACAAGAAGCCGCAAAUACGACUAAAACUCCUGAAAUUACGUUGAAAAUUUUGGCACAUAAUAAUCUAAUUGGAAGAAUUAUAGGUAAAGGUGGAAACACGAUAAAGAGGAUUAUGCAAGAAACCGACACCAAAAUAGCCGUAUCAAGUGAAUCUGUUUGCAGUAUCAACGAAAUAAGUACCUUUAAUUUGGAACGAAUUAUAACAGUAAAAGGCGCCAUCGAAAACAUGUCCAAAGCGGAAGCUUUGAUCAGUGCUAAGUUACGUCAAAGCUAUGAGAACGAUUUACAAGCGAUGGUUGUAAGUAAACCUUCAGCGAUGAUGUUCCCCGGUUUACCACCGAUGGCUAUGAUGGCUACGCCGGGCGUCGGUUUCGUGCCGCGAGGGGGCCCGCCGAACUAUCAGCCACCGCUAUACAGCGCCGGACCGGCGCCCUAUCCGCGAAUAUGCCAAUUCGAACCGCCUCCGCCAGCCUAUGGGGUCUCGCAGCAAGACUCACAAGUACGAGAGAUGGAUGAUAAUGCAUUGGAAAAUGUGUACUUGUACAUACCGAAUAACGCUGUCGGCGCUAUCAUCGGCACCAAAGGAUCGCAGAUUAGGAAUAUGAUUAGAUUUAGCAACGCCAGUAUCAAAAUCGCCUCACCCGAAGGAGACAAGGCCGACAGUAACGAACGUAAAGUUACCAUCGUCGGUACGCCCGAGGCCCAAUGGAAGGCCCAGUAUAUGAUUUUUGAAAAAAUGCGGGAAGAAGGCUUUUCAAACGGUUUAGAAGAUGUCCGUCUAACGGUGGAGAUAAUGGUUCCAAGUUCCCAGGUGGGACGUAUCAUCGGCAGAGGCGGACAAAACGUUAGAGAAUUACAACGACUGACCGGAUCCAAUAUCAAAUUACCGGAUAUCUCGUCGAAUGCUCCGUCAUCCGGUAACGAAGAAGAAACCACCGUGCAUAUUAUUGGAACCUUUAUCGCUGUACAGUCUGCUCAGAGACGUAUACGUUCAAUGACCACGCCAAUCGGGCGACCACCAAGAGCUCGUGGCCCGCCGCCCGAACAACAACAGUAAACCUAUGUACAAUUUCUCCUGUCGUACGAUUUUUUUUCUUCUAUUUAUUAGGUAUAAAUUGUGUAAGUAAAGUAUCUCGCGCACGCGCGCAUCAAAUCGUCGAAUUAUCAUCGUUUUUUUUGAUCGUUUUAUUACUUAUGUAUGUAUUUAUGUGUUACGUAUCUAAUUUUAUCGUGUUAUGUAUUUAAUCGCGUGUUUCUGGAGCGAUUGUCUUUCUUUCAUCGUCAUCGUAUACGAGACUGGGUCAUCGUUGCGAAAGAAGCUGCAGCUGUCAACUGUCAAUGGAUCAUAGCGCGCGUGUGCGACGCGAUAUUGUUAUUUAUUUUGUAAUGUGAGAUUUUUGAAGAAUAUUCGUGCGUCUUGAGGAUAUUAUAUUUAGGUUUUUUUUUUUGUAUUCGUGUGUUUGCUAGAUAUAAUUUUUCUAUUGAAUUUUUUCGUACCUCGCGCCUAUUUAUGGUGUAGUAACCCGAUUUUGUCAAUGUGUGUGGUCGGAUACGUAGGCGGGCGCAUGCGCACCACCAUCUAGCGCAUGCGCAGCGAUCGCGCCGCGUAUACGAUCGAAUUAUUUAUUUUAAUGUUUAAGAUUGUGCAUUUGUGUAUAACUUGAAAAAAAAUUUAAAAAUUAAAAAAAAAUGUGUUUAUGAGGGACUUUUAAAAGUGGAAACCAAUACGUUUAUUUUUGAUACUGUUGAAAUUUGUUUUUUUUUCUUCUUUUUUUCUAUUAUUUUUUUUAUAUUUAAAUUAUGUAUUUUUUAAUAUGGCGCGCAGCAUUUUACGCUGCGUGGAAUUUGGGGAUAUCACGCAGAAGCUAUGUUUUAAUUUUUAAAAAAACAAAUUUAAAUAGUGGUCGGAUUUUAAUUAUUGUAAAAUCAUCGCGCUUGCUUGAAAACAGAGCCGAGCUCCUAUCCCAAUUUAUUAUUAAAGCAAAAAAAAAUUUAAACAACCGACACUAGAUAACUGAGGUUUUUUUCCUAUUUCCAUCUGUUUUUUGUUUUCUUUUUUUUUUUAAUCUUUAUAAGAAGUUGUUUUUUUUUAUAUGUCCGGUAAAAAUCCGUCGCGCGAUUGGCAACUUCACUCGAAGCUAAAAUGAUUUUAAUUUUUUUUUCUUUUCAUUAGAUACAACAGAUGAUAAUUAUUUUUUUGUUUUUGGAUAUUUUUCCUUUUUCUUUUCAAUUUUUCUGGUUAUAUACAUACGUAUAUUUUUCUUUAAAUAGAAUUUUUCCAGUAUAGAGUUCACGACGACGACGCGAUACGACAUAUAUGUAAGUUCCGCUUUUAAAAUUUCGUAAGUUAUGUACAUCUUACACCCCCUCGAAAUGAUUAUGUUAUUUAUUGUAUUACCCUGUUUUUAAUUUACACACAAUCCAGGUACGAAUACGAAUAUGACCGUUUUUUUUUUCUUUAUUUAUCGAUUGUUUGAUUGAUUGGUUAUCAACGAUACGAAUACCUAAUUACCUACCCUGUGUAUUUAAUCUAUAAUACGUUUAUCACUAAUAAUCUCUUAUCACUGUGUACUGUACGUAUUUUGUUAUGUAUAUGUACUCGAUUUUUUUAAAAUAAGUUUUAGACUUGUUUGGUUAUAUCUGGUCAUCACCACCGUCAUCAUCGUGUAAACAAGAAUAAUUUAUCUCAAGACAAGAUUCGCCGAUAUAUACCGUGUUUGAAAGCUAAAGAAUCACCUUUCGUAUAAUGUAAUAUUUUUUUGUGAAACAUGUAUUGUGUAAUGUGGGAAAGAACGAGAAAACUAGCACGAACGAACGAUUCGAUUUCAUAAUACCUUUACUUACGCAAAUUCAGCCGAUUUUUUCCCCCGUACCGAGCCUUCAACUAAGAUACAAAGGAGUGAGCCGAACCGAAUCAUGGUAUUUUGAGCGUGAUGGCGAGAUGAGAAUAAACGUAGCAAAGGUGACUGAUUCUGGUUUCGGUACUCGAAGGCUCGUUCAAAUGUUUCUAAGUGCCUUGCGUUUAUUUUUUCUUUCUUUCUUUCUGUUUUUUUUUUCGUCUGUACGAUAUAAUGAUUUAAUAAUAAUACUGUAUUUGUGAUUCUCUUAUCUGAACCGUAUGAUAGUAAUGUAUUAUUUAGGUGUUAGUUAAUUUACCAGAUUUUUAACGAUAAUAAUGAUAUUAAUCCGCCCAUUCAUCAGUUUUGUUAGAAGAGCCGAAGCUGGGCCGAUGGCAGCUGACUCGAAGCAUGUGAUAUUUUUCUGUAUGGUGCGCUUCAGCAGAUGCCCGGCUGGGCUGGCUCCGAUACCGUUGUAUUAUUUUUCUUUUUUUUUCUUAAUUGUAUUCCGUUGAAAAUUUUAUGGUGCAGAAUGUACGCCAAGUAGCCGAAUAACCCCAUAAACUGAACCUCAAACCCCAAAACCCCUCCUAAUGUAACUGCCUCGAGUAGAAUAUUUAUUCCUCUUAUUGGUUUUUAUUUUGUUGGUAUGUUUUUUUCUGUUUUUCAUAUUCCGAUUUGUAUUUUAUUUUAUCUCGUACCACGUUGUUAUGAUGUCAUAGUUGAUCGUUUCAAUUCAGAUUAGAGCGUCGCAUGUAACUUCUUUCUGCCCUGUACCUCACCUCCCCUGCCUAAGUUGACGCAGAAAUUCAAGCUUUCAAGUGUCUCGACUAACUUACUACUGAACCACGUUUGUUUUUCAACUCGUAUUUUACGUUCUCCUCAUUUCGUUGUUAGAUGUGUUUAAAUGUUGUGUUGAUGGAGAACGUUUUGCGAGUGGUUUUUGUUUUGAUUUGAUAUAUUUUUUUUUGUAUAGGUCUCGUUCUAGUUGCCCCCUUUCUUACCCCAUCCUGCCUGAAUGAUUUGUACAUAGUUGUGUAUGUACGUACUACGUUUGUUAUAGUAAUAAUAUUUAAACGCGAAUUCACCCCAUCUCUACACCUUCGACAGAAAGUUUGCAUAAACUGAGAUAUUCCUUUGGAAGAUGUUUAAUUUUUACCUUCCUCCCCCCCUGGUCUGUUACAUAAGUACAUACGAAAUACCUUUGUUGUUUAUGUAUUCCGAAGCUCUAUCUAUUUAAUAAUUAUGUAGAAUUGUUGAACAAGCGCUGUGUAAGGUGAUGUAUACAAAACAAAGAAACACGUAGCAAUUUAAAUGGGCAUUAUUUUUACGUAUACAUUUAUGUAUUGAUUGUUUGUUGAAUUUUUUCUUCACUUACCUACUUUUAUUUUGGUCGAAUCUUGAAUCGAUUUCGUAGAUACGCCGAGAGUUUUAAAUAAGGUUUUAAGUUGUUCUUGUAUUUCCGUUUCAUAGAUAGUUCAGAUGUAAUAUUGUGAAAUCGUUUUACUGCGCUGCCAGAAAGGAUUAUUUUGUCCAUAGGUAAUUGGGAUGCGACCCAAAAUAUGCAGUGUUCGCAAUUUCUGGCCCAUUUUAAGGAUUUGUUACAGAUCUUCGAGAAAUGCCAGGUCAAAGUUUUGUACAUUCUGCCGAUAUUUCACAGAUCGGUUUAGCUUUUCGCAGUUACGAUGUAGUUUUAAUGUAGAUUUUUUUUUCUUUGCGAUUCAACGUUUACUUACAUUUUUUUCCUCAAGUAAUCGGUUUUAUUUUUGUUGGGUUUUUAUGCCUAUUUGUUUGCAAUUUUUUGACUGCGUGCUCAACAUGAUGAUUUAUAUGAAAAUCUUGAUUAAUUUUUUCGAAAUAUGGUGAAAUGAACGAGUAGAUUUUCAAAAAUCGAUUUUGGAUUCAAGUAGAUAGAAUUCUGAAGGAUUUUCACAAUAGACGAGAAAUUGCUCCCGUGGCCUUUAUGGCUACAUCUCUGACGAAUAUGUGUUGGAAUUACGAGAUGAAUGAACUUGGCAACGUUGCUUUUUAUUUGUGAUGAACGAAUGGCGGAGAGGGAGGACCCAAGAAAGUAUUUCAUUUGAUUUUGAAGAGAGAUAUUGCGAAAGAGCGAAUUUUGGAUUUUUUCGAAAUGUGCAGUGUUGCCAAAUUUAGGAUUGAAGAAAUGAUAUUUGGCAACGAUGUAAAUUAUUAAUUGUCGUGAGAAAAAUUUUCAAGUUCUUUCCCCAAUCACUUUUCCAGAAUGAAGGGGGGAGAGAAGAGGGUGCAACAUUGUUGGGAAUGUCAAUGUAGCGCUUAUUCAGAUUGCAUUUUGGCGUUAGCGAAUUUUGAUUUCAUGUAAAAAAAAAUUUGGCGUAAUUUGGUUGAGGUUGAGGAAAUGGUUCAAAAAAAGAGAAGAGAUCUUAGUGUAGUGCUAUGUUAUGUUUGCCAAGUUUACUAAUGCGUUGAAAUUUGAAGGGAGUCGAGUCUUGCUUUGUUUCGUUGAGAAAAUCUGAAAAUUUAUGCAGAAGAAGUCUCUGUUGUCAUGUUUUAUGUAUCAAAAAUAAAACUUGGCAACAUCGCAGUGUUGAAAAUUCGUUCGAUUUUUUUUUUUAUUGUCUGCGAAGCAAGAUCAAAUUUAAUGAUGUAAUAUUCAAUGAAUAUUGAAUUCUUUGAUUUUAUAAUGUUAUCUAGUGAGCCAUGUUGCCAAGUUUCAACUUUUUAAGUACUCACAAAGUGAAAUUUGGCAACGUCGCAAUAUCAAAAAUAAUGCAUUUUUUCACUUUUGAAUCAUGAUUCUCAAAUUUAAUAUCCACUUAAUUUUACAUUUUACCGCUUGCAUUGCAGUUCUGGUUGGAUGUGUUGCCAAGUUUCAUUUCCUAAAAUGGAUGCUUGGCAACGCUGCAGUUUCGAAAUAAUUACCAUUUUUCAUGCUUCUCUAUUGAUGAUAAUUGAUAUUAUGUUCGAUAUUGUUUCAGAUGCCAUGUUGCCAAGUUUCAUUUAUGAAAUUGAAACCUGGCAACGUCGCAAUAUUGAAAAAUUACUCAAUUCUAAAUCUGAUUUCAUGAUACAAUGAUCCUUUGCAUCUGAUGAUCUAAUUAAUAGUGAAUAUCAAAUUUUAAAGUGAGCCAUGUUGCCAUAUUUCAUUUUAAAGAAUUGAAAUUUGACAACGUCGCAAUACUGAAAAUUACCUGUUUCUGCGAGAUGUAGAUGUUCAUUGAAUUUAUUUUCAGCGUUUAUUGUUUACAGUGUUGGGGGGGGGAUCAAUUCUAUCAUCUGAACGAAACCAACGUUUACUCCCCUCCCUUCUCGCAUUGUUUCUCGUAAAUUCCAACACAGAAUACUCUUAUUUCGAUUUGUGAAAAUCCUCUUCGAAUUAGCUUGCUUUUUAAAACACAUCGGAGAUAUUUAUUUGAUCGCUUUAUAUGUGCAUAACUAUUAUACAUUUUGAUUGAUUCUUUGUCGAAUUUCACCCAAUUAUAGUUUUUACGUAAUUUGAUAACUAUAGAUACAAACGACAUUAUUUUACAUAGCAGCGCAGAUUCUGUUGUUAUUGUUGUGUUUAUUACAAUUACCAUUAUUGUAGCUGCUGCUAUUUUAAUAUUCCAGUACUCUCACCAGCAACGUACUAUUUUGAGUAUUUAACGUCUACCUAUAAUAUACUGUGUAUUUAAUUUCACGGUAUAAUUAUUCGUACGUAACGUGUAAUAAUUACACAAAGUAAUUCUCCACCGGUAUCAACCUUUCUUAAUUAAGUUCUAAUUAUCGGAAUUGAAUCAAGAAUAACUGUACUUUUUGGACGAAAUAACUUCUACCUAUACUACCUAUAUCUAGAGUAAAUAAUAUUAAUACAAUACGAAUAGAGGCGUAUUUCAAUUCGCAUACGAUUGUUUCAUUCAUUCUGAUUCUGCUGUAAAAGAGGCGUAAAAAAUCAUUUAUUUUUCCUCCGAUUUCAUUUUUUUGAAAUUACAGCACAUAGAUUGUUGUGUUGGAUCUGAUGAUAUGAUAUGUUUGAAAUUUUAUUUUUCUGUGUAGAAUAAUUUUUUUUUAAUGGCAAAUUUUAGAAAUCCGCCAUUUCGCUUUUGUGUUGUGUUUAUUUGGGUUUUCUUUCAAUGUGACUAUUAAUUUUUUGUUUGGGUUUUUUAGUAUAAAUUUAGAAUGGCGGUAGAUGAAAAUUUAAUUGAAAACGAGUUUGAAAAAAAGUAAUAAAAUUGUAGGAUUUUUAUCACGCGUAAAAUUGUAAUCGAGAUGGCGUAAUUAUUAAGACGAUUUAUACGCAUUAAAAAAUUAAGCAUUUUUUUAUUCUAUGGUAACUUGAUAAUUUUUCGGCUUUUAGUAAUUGUUCUGUGUGUUUUUUUUGUUUGGUUUUUUUUUUCUAAUUCAAUAUUGUUCGUAAUGUUCUGGGAGAUAAUAUCAUAUCAUCUGCAUUCGUUCUCUAUAUAUUUAGAAUUUUACUAUCUUUUGUUUUGUUCUAUUUUCUUUUCUUUCUAUAAUUUUUUUUUUCGUUUUGUGAACGCUAGUAAUAGUUAAAAUAAUUAUAUAUGUAUGUAAAUGUAUCGCAUAAAUGAUUUUUUAGUUUAUAUAUAGAUGUAUAUCGGACAUAUUAAAAUUAUAUAGUAUAUGAUUUAUAUAGGUUUAUACAUAAAGUUUACUACUACGUUUUAAUUUAAAGCAUACUAUUUAAAGAGAAAAAAAAAUAUUAAAAAAAUUUUUGAAAAUAAUCUAGCAAAAGUAGAAAGGUGAUGGGUAUUGCAACAUUUUUUUUUCUUUUUCUUUCUUUUUUCUUUUUUGUUCAUUUUUUUAAUGAGAGCAAGCAAUGAGUACUUCAAGCUGAUUCAACAGGCCUUCCUCGACACAAAUUCAAUCCGGGCGUUGCAGAAAUCAUUCAAAUUUCAGCAUUUUUAGUGUGGGGCUAGGCUUUAAAAAAAAGCAGUGCAUCAUAGUUUCAUACUUUGUAUUUUGUUGCUGCGGAAAAUGAUUCUUAUCUUUAUACAUCUACGAGAGGAUCGUGUAAACGCGCGUUACCCCGUAAUUCGUUCGUGAAAUUUUGUUUUUUUUUUCAUUUUUUUUUUUAACGAGAAGGACGUUACGACAUUUUGUUAUAUUUGUAUUGUUGGUGCGUCGUUAACGUCCGAAUUGUUUUUAUGUAUUUAUUUGUAUUUUAUUUAUUUUUUUUAUAUUUAUUUAUUGUAAUACGAUAAGUUUUUAAUUUUUGUUGUUAGAACGAAUUUUCACGUGUUUUUACAUGGUCCAUGAAACCAUUGUAAGUCUCCAUUUUCUACCAUAUUACUUUAAAUAUAAUAUUAAUUAUAG